AUGUGCUACCCACAGACCAAAACACGCCAGCUACAUCAGAAAGACGACGCGUUCAAGGAAAACUUAAUCGGCCUCCGGGCGCCAGGAAGACUGCCAGACUCGUACGACGCGUGCCAUAACGUAGUAAAGGAAGUAUCUGACCGACCACACUACAGACGCAUAUCCUUGUCAAUCGACCUAUUCACCAUUAUUCUGGCGGACUCGAUCCAAAGGGAACUUUCAAGAUUCUUUCGGAGGGCAUCGAGUAUGACAACAUUACUAGAAUUCUGUCGUCAAACCAAGUCAAAUCCAAACCCACCUACAUCGCCAUCGCGUCCCAAAUGUUCUCGUGUCCUCGGCUUCCUCGAAGAUUUCAAGGACAAAAAGCCCGCCGAUGUAUCGCCGGCCGCUAAAUGCCCUGUCUACACAUGCAGCUAUGUUCAGCUUUGUCUACUCGGCGUCACUGGGUUUAUUCUAUCCAAAUUUCCCCUCGUUUUGACGAUCAUCCCUGGAAUCACUGCCUGCCCGUCCUUAUCUUUGUGA